CAAGCCUUCAAACCCACCAACCAGAACCUUAUAACAUCGCAAGGUCGACCGCUCAUCUUAUCCAAAGUCCAUCGCACGCUAAUACAGUCCCCGCCUUCUGCAACAUCCUCGUUCCCUUACGGACACUCUAAGAGUUGAUACGCAACCAUGGAGGCCCUCUUCGGCAUAGUAGGCAAAGACUUUGUCCUCACAGCCUCAGACAGAACCACCGCCCGCUCCAUCGUCGUCAUGAAGCACGGUGAAGACAAAUCAAGGGAACUCAACAAACAGACCCUCAUGCUGUAUUCGGGGGAGGCCGGCGAUACCGUGCAGUUCGCGGAAUACAUUCAGAGAAAUAUUCAGCUCUAUGGGAUACGCAAUGGCGUGCCUUUGAGCCCGCAGGCGACGGCUAGUUUUACUAGGAGGGAACUCGCCAAUUCGCUCAGGAGUAGGAACCCAUACAACGUCUUUGUCCUAAUCGCCGGCAUCGACCCCAAAACGCAGCUUCCCGAACUCUACUGGCUCGACUACCUCGCAUCCUCCGUGAAGCUGCCCUUUGCGGCGCACGGGUACGCGUCGUACUUUUGCAUGUCCACGAUGGACAGGUAUUGGAAGGCUGAUCUGACGCUGGAGGAGGCCAAGGCGCUGUUGCGGAAGUGCAUUGAGGAGCUGAAGGUCCGCUUUAUUGCUAAUAUGCCGGAGUUUACGGUCAAGGUGGUGGAUAAGGAGGGGAUUAGGGAGAUUCAGUUGUGAGCCCGAG